AUGAUUUCCAACGACAAUCUAAUAAAUAGGGAAGAACAACAACCAAUGACAAUUACAAGUGUGCAUUAUGUUGAAGAUAUGGAUGGAGAUGUUGAUAAAAAUAGAAAGAAUCAAUCCAAGAAACUCAAAACUUGUGGACAACAACAAUCUGAUAAAUUAAAUAAUGAGGCAAUAAACACAAAUACCAAUUCUGGUGUUAAACGUAGUCCUUUUGGAAUAUUGUCUAGAGCAAAUCGAUUAUUAAUUAUGUUGGGAAUGACUUUCUUUUAUUUUUUAAUCGAGCUUGUUUUUGGUUAUGUAUCUCAUUCAAUGGCAUUAAUUGCUGAUUCUUUUCAUAUGAUGAGUGAUGUUAUGGCAUUAACUAUUGCUUUUGGAUGUUUAAAGAUUGCCGAACGUAGUAGAAGUGCUAAAAAUACAUUUGGAUGGGUUAGGGCUGAAGUUCUGGGUGCUUUGGUGAAUGGAGUAUUUCUUUUAGCUCUUUGUUUUACUAUUUUUAUCGAGUCGAUUCAACGCCUUCUAGAGCCCGAACCAAUUAAAAAUCCAUUAUAUGUGUUGAUUGUUGGGGUUAUUGGUUUUUUAAUAAAUUUAAUUGGGAUGGUUAUGUUUCAUGGACAUAUUGGGCAUUCUCACGGUUCUCAUGGAGUUGAAGAUAUUGCCAAAUCAACACUUUUAGACAAAGAUUGUGGAACUAUUGAUGGGACAGAGUCUAAACAUUUAUUACAUUCACAUCAAGAUAGAGCUAUGGUAAUGGCUGAAUUGGAAGCGGUUGAAGAAUCUUUAAUGAUGCAUACUCCAAAAUUAAAAAAUAAUUCGAAUGCUGUUGGUUCAGUUAUUGUUAUUGCAACAGCACUCGUUUCUUGUAUUUUGCUUGUUUUGUUAAUGGUUUGUACAACGGUGCCUUUGGUCAGAGAAACUGCACUUAUUUUAUUACAAACAACACCAAAAUUUGUUAAUAUUGAUCAAUUACAAAAAGAACUUUUAAAUGGCAUUGUUGCUGUCCACGAAUUUCAUGUUUGGCGUUUAGUUGGUGAAUGUAUUAUUGCUACUGUCCAUAUCCGUUUUCGUACUUUAAAGCAUUAUAUAUUGGCUGCUGAACAAAUUCGUUCACUUUUUCAUGAUAAUCACAUUCAUUCGACAACAAUACAACCAGAAUUUGCUGAAGUAAAAUUAAAGAAUUAUUUUGUUUUUAAAAAAUAA